GUUAUUUAAUUUUCAGGUCUUUGCUUGUGGUAAUUUAUUUUCAAGUUUCACACGUGUUUUUAAUUUGAAUUAAUUGAUUUGUAAUAUAAAUCAGUCACCUAAAUGGGUCGUAAGGCAAAAUUCGACGAAACAAAAAAGGUUAAGAAGGGACCGGGAAGAAAAGCCCGUAAACAGGGUGAUCCGGUGUUUAAAAAAGGCCUGAUUGAUCAUGACAAGGAAGAAAAACAGUUAAGCCAUAGACAGAAGCAAAGGGCUGCUCGGCGGGCAAAAAAGAAGAAGGAAGUAAUUGAUAAGAGAAAAGCUCUUAAGGAGGCAAAAAAGAAUGUUGCGAAACAACAAGAAAAAGAAAUUGUUGAAGAUUCUGAAGAUACAUCAGAGGAUGAAAAUGUCAAUGGCUUUACAGAUGACAAUAAAGAAUGGUUAACACUCAAGAAAAAAGAUAAAAAGAAACUUUCAGAAAAUCAACCAGAUAGUGAUAGUGAAGACGAGGAAGAGGUUGAAGAAGAUGAGGAAAAUGCUUCAGAAGAAGAAUCUGAUGCUGAUGAUGAUCAAGUAUCUGCCAAACCUGUAAAAGAACAAUAUAAGGUUGGCAAACUGGAUGAUUUGUUUGAAGAUUCUGAUGAUAAUGAUGAUGGAGGUAAUGAUCAAGAAUCAGAAGAUGAUCCUAAAACAAAUAAGAUGACCUAUGAUUCAGAUUCCAGUGAACAAAGUGAAGGUGAUAGUGAGGGCGAUGAUAAAGAUGAUGACAAGCUGCCCAUUGAGAAGGCCAACAUCAAAUUAAAAAGGAAACAAAAAUUAGACAAAAAGCUAGCUGAUGAAGAGUUACAGCUUAAUAUAGCUAAACAGGAUGUCUUUGCUUUUCCAUCUGAAGAGGAAUUGCAAAAUCCCACUAAUUUACAAGAAAUACAUCAAAGAAUCAAAGAUGUAGUGACAGUGUUGGGUGAUUUUAGCAGAUUGAAGGAGCAGACCAGAUCUCGUUGUGAAUACACAGAGUUGUUGCACAAAGAUUUGUGUACAUAUUACAGUUAUAAUGAAUUCCUUAUGGAAGUUCUUAUGCAGUUAUUCCCAGUUCAGGAAUUGGUGGAAUUUCUUGAAGCGAGCGAAGUAGCCAGGCCUUUGACUAUAAGAACUAACAGUCUAAAGACAAGGAGAAGAGAUUUAGCUCAGGCACUCAUAAACAGAGGUGUCAAUUUGGAUCCAGUUGGAAAAUGGAGUAAAGUAGGACUGGUAGUGUAUAGUUCUACAGUACCAAUUGGUGCUACGCCUGAAUAUUUAGCUGGGCAUUAUAUUCUGCAAGGUGCGUCCAGUUAUUUGCCUGUCAUGGCGCUCGCUCCACAAGAAAAUGAAAGGAUUCUAGACAUGUGCGCUGCUCCUGGUGGUAAAGCAUCACAUAUAGCUGCUAUAAUGAAAAAUACAGGUGCUUUAUUUGCGAAUGAUGCAAAUAAAGAAAGAACUAAAGCCAUUGUUGGUAAUUUCCACAGACUGGGUGUUGUUAACGCAAUAGUCUGUAAUUAUGAUGGCAGAGAAUUCCCUGAAGUGAUCAAAGGGUUUGACAGGGUACUAGUUGAUGCACCAUGUACAGGGACAGGUGUUAUAGCAAAGGAUCCGAGUGUUAAAACAACAAAGGAUCAAAAAGAUGUACAAAGGUGUUUUAAUUUGCAAAGGCAACUGCUGUUAGCUGCUAUAGACUGUUGUAAUGCAAAAUCAAGUACUGGUGGAUAUAUAGUGUAUUCAACUUGUUCGAUUUUGCCCGAAGAAAAUGAAUGGGUGAUAAACUAUGCAUUGAAAAGAAGAAAUGUUAAAUUGGUGCCAACAGGUCUUGAUUUUGGUACUGAAGGUUUUGUGAAGUACAGGCAUCACAGAUUCCAUCCAUCGUUGAAAUUAACAAGGCGAUUUUACCCUCAUACUCACAAUAUGGAUGGGUUCUUUGUAGCUAAACUCAAGAAAUUCUCCAAUGUUAUACCAGAACCGGUUAAAGAUGAAGAUGAUGAGGAGGAAAAGGAAGGUAAUGAAGUAAAACAAAAUGGCGACGCGACAACUGAAGAACAGUUAAAACCAUCAAACACAUCUGUCAAAAGGCCUGCAGAGAGUACUAAAGUAGAACCUGUUAACAAAAAGAGUAAACCUAAUAGCGCCGAAAGUUCAAAAGUACCGAAAGUUUCAAAUGAAAAUUCACCUAAAUCUAAUAAAAAACGUAACAAGAAAAAUAAAAAUAAAAAUAAGACAGCCGACAACACGCAAACAAGUGAAGCAACUAAACAAGAUGAGACUGAAACAAAUAAAACUAAGGUUGUGAAUACACAGCAAAAGAAAGUUAAAGAAAAUAAAAAUGCUAAUGCUAAAAUUGUUCCAGUUGUUAAUGAGACUAAAAAAGAAGAGAAUAUUGCGAAAGCUAAUGUUGGAAAUAAUAGCAGUCCGAAGAAAAAGAAGAAUAAAAAUAAAAAGAAAAACAAAAAACCAGCACUACCAAAUGCUACAACAGCUAAAGUUAUAAACCAGAGUGAAGCAAAAAUAACAGACAAAGUCCAGAUUGCAGCGGCGAAAAAACUGAAGAAUAAAAUGAAAAAGAAGCAGAAAAAAGUUGGUCAGCUGAAAGAAAAGAAAGCUAAUAAUAUUGGUGACAAGACUAAGAAUAAGAAAACUUUUAAGAAGAAUAAAAUGAAAUCAAAUUGAAAUAUUGUAUAUUAAUAUUAUGACACUACAUAAUACAAUUUGUUUUAUAUAAUUAAUAUUUUCGUUUUAUUUUGUGCUUGCACCAUUGACCUCUUAUAAUAAAAAAAACGCACAAUCAUGUAGAAAAUUUCACUUAAAAACUGGACAAUUUUGCUUUGAAAGUUUUAGAAUUAUUGGUUAAGAAAAUUAUACAUAAAGGCUUUUAAAUAUAGUCCAGUAUUCAAUAAAAUUCCCAAUUUAGAGCAAAUUCAAUCUUAAGGAUUGAGUUUAAGGCUGAAUUUGCAAAUGCGACUACUUGAUUUGAGUGCUAAGAAGUUGUGUUUGGCACUCAUUGAGUGGGGACGUUUUUUGGUCGCUGAUUGUGCAUCCACUUUUAAUAAAAAGUGCUCGAAGGACCUCUUUAAUCCAACUCUUAAGUAGUAUCGUUGAAAAAAUGGAGUAACUUCUACUGUUUUCCCAACAUUUCCUUUCACUGCUCUGCUCCUAUUGAUCGUAGCGUGAUGAAAAGUAUACUAUAACCUGCCCAGGGGUAUGAAGAAUAAUUGUACCAAGUUUCGUUAAAAUCAGUUGAGUAGCUUUUGUUUUUAUAGUAAACAUACAUAUAGACAAAAAAAAAUUACUGAUUGCAUUUUUGGCAUCAGUAUCAAUCACUAAUCACCCCCUGAUAUUUAUUUUGGAAAUGUAUUUCAUGUACAGAAUUGAUCUCUCUAGAUUUAUAAUAAGUAGGUAUAGAUGAUUGGUUUGUUUAUUCGUUUUCUUGUUUGUUACGUUUGUUGGUAACAGAAAAACCCAAUACAGUUUCAAAUGUUACUUUGCCGCUUACUUCGCAAAAGUGAUAAAAAAUGUAUUCUUCUUCAAGAAACAUACUUUUAUUAAACCAAUUAUUUAACCAGAUCUUUAUUUAUACAACAUAUCAUCUCCAUAUACUAUUAUAAGGGGAUAUGCCUGGGUUUCUGGGGCCGACGUUAUAAUGGCCGGCGGGCAAUUCCUUUAUGAACAUAGCGAAACAUUAUGGCAUGGCGUUUUCCGUCCAAGGUAUCUUCCAGACUUACGUCUCAUCAUCAGAGUCGCUAUGCACGAGUUGGAAAUAAUAGCAGUCCGAAGAAAAAGAAGAAUAAAAAUAAAAAGAAAAACAAAAAACCAGCACUACCAAAUGCUACAACAGCUAAAGUUAUAAACCAGAGUGAAGCAAAAAUAACAGACAAAGUCCAGAUUGCAGCGGCGAAAAAACUGAAGAAUAAAAUGAAAAAGAAGCAGAAAAAAGUUGGUCAGCUGAAAGAAAAGAAAGCUAAUAAUAUUGGUGACAAGACUAAGAAUAAGAAAACUUUUAAGAAGAAUAAAAUGAAAUCAAAUUGAAAUAUUGUAUAUUAAUAUUAUGACACUACAUAAUACAAUUUGUUUUAUAUAAUUAA